UUGAACGUGAAACACUCAGCAGCAUUGCAGUUCUUGACACAAAUCUGCCUGGCACUUACUACCAUACCCCGUUCAAAGCCACUUAAAUCUUUUGUCUUUACCAUUCACCCUCUGAAUGGCACACAUACCCAAUCCAUGUCUCAAGGCUUAAAAAUUCUUCUUUAUUAACCUGUCUCAUCCCCUUCAUCUACACUGACUGAAGUGGAUUUAACAAGAGACAUCAAUAAAAGAUCAUAGCUUUCAGCUGAAUUCACCUGGUCAGUCUAUGUCAUGGAAAGAGCAGUUGUGAAUGUUUUGUAUUCUCAGUGUAUGUUGUCACUGUUCUGAGAGAGGAGUGCCUUGCACGUCAGGUGCAAAAUACAGGGAUUAUGUGUCCUAUGCUUCUCGCCACGGCUAGACGACACGCCCAAGGAUCUGGCAGAUUGUAGAUAACAUCAGCAAACUGCCCGGGAGACAAAUAGAGUGCUGGCAGUGAGAGGGUGUAACCUGCUCUGUUCUCAGCUGACCAGCGACGUGGAUCCACCUGCAUAGAGUUAUGUUUGUUCUUCUAGCAUGAAGGGAGGGACAGACUAAAACACUGAGUACUCUGCAAUGGGAAGACGCAGACUGGAGAACAUCAGUGGUUUGGUUAUCUAAAUGUCUGAUUUUCAGUUUCCUUUCAACUUACGUUCUAUUUCCUUUAUCACCUCACCUGUAGUGGAAUCAGUUAGUGAUUGCUGCCAAGUUAGGAACUAUGACAGUGUAUAAUUUGAACUUGGAUCUAGGUUUCCUAAGCAAUGAAGAGGCACAUGCUGUUGUUGAAGUUCUAGAGAGAGACAAGCGUCUAAAGGAGAUUGAAAAGGAGAGGAUUGGACGUCUGCUUGAGCAGCGGGGGGACAGAAAGUCUGUGUUAGGAUGGCCGGAGAACCUGAGAAACCAGCAGACUAACAACAUCAGUGUCCACCCAUCCCAGGCACCACACAGCACUAACAUAGAGCAGCAAACUGUGAGAAGUAAACCAAUAAAAGGGAGGGAUGACGGUAGCGGAAGACAUACAACUCUACGAGCCCGUCUCAGCUCCAUGUUCAGCCUCAGGGUCCCUCUGAGGGGCAGCAGAGACCCGGGAGGGAAAAACAACAGCCACAGCCAUAACAAUGGGGUUAGCAACGUCCACUCUUCUGGAGGACAAAGCUGCGAAGACAAGAGUACUGAGGCAAAGCAUGUGGAGGAGCAAAUAGGUGAGCUUGCAGAGGAGCCUAACAAAGAGGCGCACACAGAGGAGGAGCUCACCAAGGAGGUGCACACAGAGGAGGAGCUCACCAAGGAGGUGCACACAGAGGAGGAGCUCACCAAGGAGGUGCACACAGAGGAGGAGCUCACCAAGGAGGUGCACACAGAGGAGGAGCUCACCAAGGAGGUGCACACAGAGGAGGAGCUCACCAAGGAGGUGCACACAGAGGAGGAACUCACCAAGGAGGUGCACACAGAGGAGGAGCUCACCAAGGAGGUGCACACAGAGGGACCUGCAAAGGAGGAGCCCAUUGAGGAUCACUCAGUGGAGUCUAAUAAGGUGAUUGGACCUGCUGCCUUCCCUGAGGGUGAAACAGAGAAGAGGAGAACAGAUCUACUGGAAACAGGUGGAAAGCAGGAGAGCUCCACAGGUCAGAAUCAGAGAGAGGACCAAGAAAGUUCUGGAGUGACUGGACCAGCGUCAGCACCACAGUCAGCCAGCCACCCACCAGUGAAGCAUGAGAAUCCUACAUCUAACCCUCGGAAAGGAGAACACAUCCAACCAUCAGCUGAAUUGAAAACGUCUAUUCCCUUUAGCCCAAAUCGGAACAUACGUUGCUGCCCCAUCCGCCCCCACCACUCUGACAUCUCCUCCCCCUUCCUUGUACCUCAAGAGCAGUCCCUGCCCAGGGCUGACACUGUGGAGAGUCUUUCCCCUGAGGUUACGAACAUUCCCCUUCACAGCCCACAUCGACCACCAAAACUUCAGUCUUCUAUCUUGAAGAGGAGCCAGCUUCAGAAGGCCUCUGGUCGGGCCGUAACACCAGCUCGCCAUUUGUCCUUGAUCAGGCCAUGGAGUGUGAAGUCACCAGGAAUGUUCUCCUUGCUAAGACCAAGCAGCUCCACCACACUGCCCACCUCCCACUAUGCAGAGACCCAGGCUGAAGCCUCCGGCCUCUCCUCCAAACUCACCUCCGUCCUCCCUUCCAACCUCUCCUCCGACCUCCCCUCCAACCUCCCCUCCAACCUCCCCUCCUCCUCUGGCCACCGAGAGAGUCCAGUCACCUUGAGACAGCACAUUUCAAGUAGUCAUCUCACCUUGUUCCCUGCCUCUGACCUACAAUGUUUCCCACCCCAGAGCCUCAACAGAAUCCUGCCUCAUACUACACUGUCUCAUUACCCUCUUGGAUAUAAGACCAGAUUAAGCUCAUCUUUGAUAUUUAACUAUCUCCCCAUGUCUAAGAACACUUUAGAUACAGCAACUGAGAGUCCAAAAUACCUUAACAGGUCCAAGUCACUUGAUACACAUUUAACCAAGGCUGUAUCUAUGGAUACCGCUGGUGACAAUCACUCCCCCUACUCGCCACCCAGUAACACAAGAUGGAUGUCAUCUUCUGAGAGAAUCCACAUGUUGGCGAAGCAGCAUAACUUAGCAGCCCAGGUUGGUUUAUCAAAAGCCAUCAGCCAACAGAGGAUUCUGCAGACGAAUGCUUCCGUUCAAUCUAAUAACCAAAGAAUGUUCAAGCACCAUGCAUAUGAUUCAGGUUUAUAUGACACAGGUCCCAGUCUGGCAGUUAAGACUCAUUCUCUCUCCAGCCUCAGCUCCAGGGCCUCUCACGGGCUUCAGUCACAUCUUCACAGCCCCCCAGUUUCACCAGAUCAUAUGACUGAUCUCACCAGAUCCUAUGGUGGUACACACAGUGCCCCAGCAGACACAAAACAGUUGAUGAUAGGGGACAAAAUAAAAGUGACUGGUUCAGAGAUUAUUGAUAGUGAAAUACAUAAUAUCAGUGAAUUUAAAUGUCAGACUUCAAAUAAGGAUUUGUUUGAAUCUCAGAUUAGAAAGAAUUGCUUGGGUCUGCCUGCUCAGGACGCAACUCUUAUCUCUGAUAGGACUGAAAAAGAGCCCACUGGUUACAGAAGCAACCGGAAAGUAGAUCAGAUACUGAAUCGCCUCAGAAUGAUAUUCAGUAGCAAACGCAUUGAGGAAAAGAGUGUGUUGUUUGGUAGAAAGGGGAAAACGGUGCCAUCAACACUUGAGGGAGCUAGUGUCAUCAGUGAGAAUAGACGGACAGGGAAGAGGUCUCCAGAGGUCAAAGAAGUGCUGAAACCCAUUGACCUUCAACGUAAUGUGGCAUGUCAUCUAAGACAACAAAACAGAGGCUGCAAUGGGCUGACAAUUUCCACAGUUAAAUUAGCAUCCAAGAAUGCACAGUUAGAUAUUCAUGACAAAGAGAGGAACACAAUAUCAACUGAGAAAAAUGGAAACCCAUCGCUGUCAAAAGAAGAAUUAAGUAGAACAAAUCAUCCACAUUCACCCUAUUUUAGUAGUCAAUCCCAUAAGGAUUCUGGAAGUUCUAGAACCAGUCAUUUUAGCCUCAACACAAAGAAUGAAGAUGUCUUCUCUAGCUCAAUGGGUAAGGACAGUAGAUCAGAUAGGAGUAGAACUGCCUGUUUUAAACCCACACAGCUCUCAUACUCCAACAACUCUCCAACCACUACUGAUUUUGGCCUGAAACAUGGCCGCUCCAUCUCUGUCACCAACAUUUACUCAAACCGAACGUCAAGAAACAGGCGCAUCUCCACAGGAACUGAUAUGGCCCCCACAAGGUACCUAAGGAGUCUGGAGGAUAUCAGAGUGCCAGGGGACCUUGAUCGCACACCCAGGACCCUUUCCAGAGCUUUCUCUAGCACUCAGAAAACCUAUUUUAGUCUAAUAAAAACAGACAGCAUCUUAAGCCCUAAGAGCCUGACAUUGCCUCUACGGUUCAAUGAGUCAUCGACUUUGCCCACAGAGAUUUUAAACUCACUUAUCAUUGAUCAGAAGUUGCAAGUCAUUCAAGGCCCCAUGGAACUAUUGCCCAUCUCUAGCUCCAGUUUGUCAGACUUUGAGGAGUAUGACUCAGAUACAACUACAGAUGGCGAGUACUACUUGAGCAGUGAUGAUUGGGAGAAAGAGUCAAUACUCUAGCAAAGGGCGACGACCGUUUUGAGUAACAUUGUGCAGAUAUUUAACAUUUUUGUAAAAAUCAUUUCUUAUUGGCCUAUGUAUUUAUAGUUGAAAAACAUUAAUAAAACAAAUAAUGAAUCUGUA